AACAAGAUUCAGAAUCAAAAUACUCAGAAUCAUUAUAUAAGAAAUCAUCAUCCUUAAAAUUAUUAUCUCAGAAGCAAUUGGUUCAAGAACUAUUACCUCAAGUACUAUCAUCUCAAAUAAUAUCAUCUCAAGCAAUAUUACCUCAAACAUUAUUAUCUCAAAUAUCAUUGUCUCAAGCAUUAUUACCUUAA